AUGCUUCCCAGAGCGGACGGUGGAAAGGAUGCGUGGCUAGUGUUGGCGGGUGUGUUCGCCCUCGAAUCGGUCGUUUGGGGCUUUCCGUUUUCUUUUGGAGUAUUCCAAGAGUACUAUGCCUCGCACGAGCCAUUCUCGAAGGACUCGUCGACCACUGCUGCCAUCUCGACGACCGCCAGCGGUAUCAUGUACCUGAGCAGCCCUCUGGUUGCGCUUGUGCUUCAGAGAUGGCCACAUAUCCGCCGUCCGUCUGGUAUUGUCGGGUUGAUCAUCAUGCUGGCGGCUCUUGUAGGAGCAUCGUUUUGCAACAGCUCUAUUGGCCUCCUGGCGACACAGGGAAUCAUGUUCGCCGUGGGUGGUUUGACGCUGUACUUCCCGGCAAUGCUGGUGAUCGAUGAAUGGUUCAUCCAACGUAAAGGCCUUGCGUUCGGGAUCUGCUGGACGGCUACUGGAACCAGUGGAGCCAUCAUUCCAUUCUUGUUCCAAUGGCUACUUAAUCAAUACGGGUUCCGCACUGCACUGAGAGUAUGGGCAGUCAUCUCUGCAUGCAUAGUUCCACCUGCGCUCAUGGUGAUGAAGACUCGCAUUCCACCAUCGCAAGUCAGCUCGCUCCGCCCGCUCAACCUAUCCUUCCUCAAGCAGCAACCUUUCUGGUGGUUCCAAGCAGGCAACUUCGCUCAAGGCCUCGCCUAUUUCGUUCCUCUCCUAUGGAUCCCUUCUUUCGCCUCCGCGCAAGGCUUCCCUUCGAUCUCCGGCACACUCGCCCUCGCUCUUCUCAACAUUGCAGCUUGUGGAGGUCUUCUCCUGCAGGGCUUCCUCGUCGAUCGCUUCAGCGUCUCGAUCGUCAUGUUGGGAGUCACUCUCAUCUCUGCGCUGUCAAUCUUCCUGCUAUGGGGAUUCACGGUCUCACAGCCAAUACUCUACGUCUUCGUCAUCCUUUGGGGAUUAUCUGGGGCAGGCUACCCAGCCAUGUGGAGUGGCUGCGCGCAAGAGAUGGCCAAGCAUGGAUUUUACGGGAACUCGGCUGGUGCACAGUACGGAUACACCAUUGAUACUGGCCUCGUUAUUGGCCUUUUCUGCGCGAUGAAAGGCGUCGCAUCUUUGGUCUCUGGACCUAUCUCUGAAGCUCUGCUGAACGCGAAACCGUUGCAUGGCGCGGAUUUCAUUUAUGGAGGAACGUACGGACCUGUGAUUAUCUUCGCUGGUGUUGGAGCUAUGUUGGGGGGAACUGCUUGUAUUGGGAAGGCAUUCAAGGCUUUGUGA